AUAAAGACAGCAACAUUUUUGUGACGGCAUCAUUACAGUGUCGUGUAGCUGCUGGUUCGUAAAGCAUCAAUAUACUGCAUAAUAAGGCACUCCUCUCAAACUCUUGUCGUACGUGUCGGAAUAGAAAGUAGUUCAUUGCCGAGCAGGAGAAAGUCGCAAACAGUCACGAUGUCGAAAACGAGUGAUCCCGUCUAUAUCUUCCUGGCUUUCUUCGUCCUGAUUGAGUUCAUCGGCGUCGUUAUCGUCAACACCAUCGGGUCCUUACCUGUUGACCCAGGUUGGUUCCUGAAUACGACGGGGGACCUCUCGGACAAGUACGCCAUCUCUAUCACCCCAGCUGGCUGGGCCUUUAGCAUCUGGGGUGUCAUCUACAUCUGGCAAGCAAUCUGGAUCAUCUAUGUCAUCGUCAACAUCUUCAGGACCAACAAGUUUGGCAAGGUGUACCUGAACCCCUCCAUCGUCCCCCCUGCCUUGCUGGCUAUCUACGCCGUCAACCUCGUACUCAACGUCACCUGGUUGUUUACAUGGGACAGACAGUACCUCAUCGUCUCUCUCGUUGUCCUCGCACUGAUCGCAUUCACCAACUAUGUAUGUGUCAUCAUCAACCUCAGAGCGGUUGAUAAGCAUAUAGAACAGUUGUGCAAAGAUCACAGGGUUGAUCUAUGGCUGAACAGCUUUUUCAUCACAAAUGGUAUCCUCGUCUACGCGACCUGGACCACCAUCGCCACUCUCCUCAACCUCAGCACGGUUUUAACCUACUCCGCCGACCUCGAGGAAGAAGUCGCCUCUCUCAUCUGUCUCUCCAUCCUCACCGUCGAGCUCGUCCUCUACUUCGUCGUCGAUAUCUUCCUCCUCGAGCGCCACCUACGCUCGGCCUUCAUGGUCUAUCCCGUCGUGAUCAUGGCCUCGAUAUCCGCACUCUUCAACAACUGGGACCCGAACAGGAGCGUGUCUAUCUUCACCGCGGUGAUCGUCGGCCUGGCGUGCGCUGCUCUUGUGGGCAAGGUGAUCAAAGGACUCACGUGCUGUUGUCGUAAGGAUCAAACCACCGUAGCUAACAGUGACAAAAUGCCGAUGCAGGAUGUUGCCUGAGUGAUCGACCUCAUUUCGGAAUUUCGAAGCAAUCGACUGUUUUAAUUGCUUUUGAACGUAGACUAGUGUCUAAUCUUUGGAAUUGUCCAUUAAAGGUACUAUGUCCCUUUUGCAGCCAACCUCAAAUUCUGUAGAACUUUGCAGGAAUUAUGAAUAUGUCAUGUAUGUCCAUCUGUGAAAUUUAAA